AUGAGUAGCAGCGAGACAGAAGAAGGAAUUCAAAGUUUUGUAACCACCUUGGAAUCAUUUAAAGAAUUGAAAUCCGGUAUUUCAGCUUCUCGUAUUAAAAAAUUAACCACUUAUUCCCUUGACCACGUUGAUCAAGAAGAACAACUAAUAUCUCUAAUAGUCGAGUAUUCGAAAACUUGUCCAGACUCUCAUAAGUUGGGUUCUUUAUAUAUCAUUGAUUCAAUUGGUAGAGCAUACUUGGACGAGGCAAGAUAUAAAGAGGAGUACAUUAAGCCUACGGCGAAGAGCGGUUCAUGCGCUCAUGGAGUCUAUUUGCUUGGUGAAGCCAUAAGAGAUUUAUUAUCUGAGGCUAUUUCUAAGAGUAGUGAUGAUCAUAAAAAUAAGAUUCGUACUUUGAUAGAUAUUUGGGAUAGAGCUGGUCUGUUCCAAAAGAAUUACUUGAAUUCAAUAAGAGCUAGAUUUUUUGCCAUGGCACCAUCUUCCACGUCAACGACCUCUACCUCAAAAAAUGUAUCUUCCACGUCUUUACCAGAGGACCCAAAGGAAAGAUGUACUCUAAUUUUAAAUAACUUGACACCAUUAAGGCAAAUUCCCAAUGUUAACAUUCCUGAAGAAUUAUCGCUAGUUGAUGAUCCUACUAAGCAACAUACUGCUCUAUUACAAUUAUUGAAGGAUAUUCAAGCUGCCACUCAGUUUGUUCAGAUGGAGUCACAGUCUGUAGUGGCACCACCUCCUCCAAAACAAGUGGCUCACAUAACUGCUGAAUAUGGUAGUAGACGUGACCGUGUACGUGAUCAAAGAGGAGGACGUAAUAGAUCAAGAUCACCAAGGGCCAGAAGAAACUCUUCAACGACUACAACAGCUGUAAAUAACGGUGUUACUGGUGAUGGUUUCUCAACGGUCAUUGGUGGUAACAAUCAUCAUUUAUACCCAAAUGAAAUGAACAUCCCAUCAAAUCCCCAUUUCAGACCUAAGCCGGUAUCCUAUGAUCCAAGCAUACCACCUAAUCAUGUCAAAGUCUUCAGCAGAACUCUUUUCAUUGGUGGUGUCCCCAUGAAUAUGAAAGAAUGGGACUUAUCUAACUUGCUAAGACCAUACGCAGAAGCUCAAUCCAUCAUUAUGAACAACCAUCGUAAACAUGCUUUUGUGAAGGUUUAUUCAAGACGUGAAGCUGAAAACGUUUUAAUGAAUUUUAACAAGGAUGGUUCUUCUCAACUAAGAUUACGUUGGGGUGUUGGCUUUGGACCAAGAGAUUGUUGUGAUUACCAAAACGGUACAAGUAUAAUUCCAAUCCAUAGAUUGACUGACGUAGACCAAAAAUGGGCUGUUAGUGCUCAAUGGGGUGGUACCGGUGGUCAACCCUUGACUACAGGUGUUGUUUUUGAAGAACCAGAUAUCAUUGUAGGUGAAGGUGUCUCAUCAAAGGCAAUUUCCAAGAAAAUGCCUACAGAUUCAAGACAUGGUCCUAAAUCUGCAAAGGCCUUCAACUCUCCUCCGGCUGCCGCUCCAAUACCUAUGCAACAAACACAAGGUAUGCCAUAUGGUUCUACAAAUCAAAUGUACCCACAAAUGCAAGGCCCACCUCCACCUCAGCAACAGAUGGGGUACGGUCAACCUUAUCCUCAACCACAACAGGCGCACAUGGCACCACCACCACCUCAACAGCAAGGAAACAUCGACCCAACUGCACAAUUGAAUUCGUUAAUGAACAUGCUAAGCCAACAGCAACAACGUAACUAA